ACAUAUCUACCACCAUCCCCACAUCGCGGAAGUAUUUACAUAUUAUAUGUUCAGAGUACGUAACGAAACAAGCUGGUGUGUAUGUUUUAUCAAUUCUAUGACGGGAAUGGUUAUUUCUUAUAAAAUGACGCGCAGCUGGGAAAUAAUGAAUUGAUAGAAUUUUGAAACAAAACGUGUUGGCCGUUAACAAAGUUUUGGAAUAAAACUCCGCUUGGACGUUUCUGAACUAUUCCGAGAGCUGUUUUAAAUUGAAUGAGACCAUUCCUGCAAAGUAAUUUGAUGAGCAUAGUUAAGGAGGCGUACUUCUUUUAAUGAAGUGCAUAUUAUGCUGAUCUAAGGGACGUAACGCGUGCUGUAAAGCCAUAAGGCCCAAGGGACGUAACUCUUGUUGUGAAGUCAUAAGCACUAAGGGACGUAACUCUUGCUGUUCAGGUGAAAGAUCCAAGGAAGACAACUUUACGUAUUAUUUUCUUCUAUAGGGACUCCAUACCAGAUGGAAAAAAAUAGUCUAAGUGCCGUAACUCGUUCUCGAAUGUAACUCACUAUUGCGAGUCACAACUUUAGCUGAAUGGAGUGAAUAUUUUAAAGGCACGUCAUUCUAACACGCCCUCGUUGUUUUGCUGAGAUCUUUGAAAGUUGCCAACAUCGUCUCCCGUCACGUGACAUCAUGAAUGUCAUGAGAAUAUUCGCUGUUAAGUUAUUCCAGAGGAGAAGUUAUCGGUACGCACCUUUGGUCAUUGUUUUACUCACCACGUAUCUUGCCUUCCACAUCCAGCAGGAUAUCCGGUUUAUAAUAAAUAAACGAGAUUUGAACGUGAACAUGUCAAUUCCUGCCCUAACUACAACGGAGAUUCCCUUUUUUAGUAACACCACGGAGGAAGAGUUACACAUCCCCGACAUCCGGUUUCCUUUGGACAUUGACUUGGAGAAGGCGGUUAGGGAUAAAAUAGAGAGCGAUAUUGACAUUCCACACCGUGCCAUUAACGGAAUAAGACAUAGAUAUGUGUACCACCCACCGGCCUGUGAGUUUAGCAACACAACAGAACCGUUUACACUUCUAAUUUUAGUGAAAUCAAGUGUUCGAAAUAUGUUUAUGCGAGAUGCCAUCCGAGAGACAUGGGGCAGUGAGCUCGAUGAAAACGUCAAAAUAGCGUUCCUGCUGGGUUAUUCCCCUUUGUUAAGGGAUACGAUCGCAAUGGAAAAUGACGCAUACAAUGACAUCAUUAUGGAGAAUUUCAUUGACGCUUAUUCCAACAAUACGCUAAAAACGAUUAUGGGUUUCCAUUGGGCAGUGAAUGAGUGUCCGACGGCGAACGUGAUUCUAUUUAUAGAUGACGAUCAUUUACCGCACAUGCGCAAUAUCAUGUCAUAUCUACGUUCUAUAAGACCUGACCAGUUAGAUGAUCUGUACUGUGGUUAUCGUAUCAAUAAGGGCCCAGUCACCCGCGGGGGCAGGGGUCGAUGGGCGAUCCCAAGGACUGUGUAUUCCCAUCGCUACUGGCCACCCUACCUCAGGGGCGGGGCUUUCGUCGUAUCACAGAAAAUUGCGCGGAAAUUUGCUAUAGCAUUUCCUUAUGUACGAUUUCUUCAUGUAGAUGACAGUUAUCUUGGGCUGGUGUCGCUGAAACUAAACAUACUUCCACAGCACGAUAUUCGGUUUAUGAUGGAUAAGAAGGAAAUUGCGACUCAGAAACAGUAUUUUGUUUUCAAUGACUAUAAGAAGCCAAAAGACUUUAAAGAAGGCUGGGAAACAAUAACGAGUCAAUAAUAAUUAAAUAACUAGGAUAUGUAUAGAAUAUAGCCAGGGUAAUCGUGUUAAGAUAUUUUUAAUACGUAUUUGACAUUGUAGAAAUGUAUGAUCACGUGCAUGCUUAAGGCUCUCACAACUAAUUCAGCCAGUCAGUUGCGAAUCCCCUUCAUACCGAAGAUAUUUUAGAGUAAUAAACAUAUGGAAUGGGUACUUUCAUUAUAUCAGAAUAAAGAGAAAUUAUCUAAUAUAUAUAUAUAUCCUCUCUUGUUGAAAAUUGAAUGAGGAAGGAACACAGAUAAAAAGGGCAGGAAUUUCGAAUGCGGGGAUUCCCAAGUCAACUGUCAUCAGUGAUAACAUAUACAUGUAUUACGCAAAUAUAUCAUGGGUGUCUGCGCAAAAGAACAUGGGUCCAUUACCAGUAGCUCGUGUAAACUAGUCUGGUAUACUUGUUUUAUUACAUUAUCACUAGAAACACACUUAGAGUCACUGAAAUCUCGACUUUCCUGUAGGUCAAGAAGUCACCAUGACUGUCGUCGGCAGUGCUGACAUCCGAGUGACUUGGACGCUUGAAAGUGUAGGACGACAUUCUGAAACGUCACAGGUGUUCAUUAGUUCGCACGUGACCGAAUUCCGAAGGGUCACAGGCGUUAAAUAGUUCGCACGUGACCGUGCACUAUUCAUUUUAGCCGUGCAAAAGUUCAUAAUAUACCUUAUGUUGAUAGUUAGGGAAAAUCAAACGCAUUAUGAAAUAAAUUAAAAUGUUUAGUUGUGUGAGUCCUACAUGUAAUAUGGCGGAUGCUAGCUACAUUGAUAAGCAUCAGUCAUCAUUUCUUUACUUGAAUCUUGUUGAUGAUAUUUUCUUUCAAGAUAAAAUAUUUCAAGAGAAAAAGUCAGCUUCAUUAAAGUAAAAGUGGUGUAUUAUACAUGUGGAGUUUUCGUAAUUAAUCAAUUUGUGUUAAUUAUCUUAAUUUAUUUAAUUAUUUAUAUAUUAUAGCAGAUUUAUUUAUUUUCACUGUCAUAGCACCCAUGACA